UGGGUCUGUGAUGUUGGGGUGAUGUUCAGCACAGGACUGAAGUCAGUCAGAACAGAACGUGCUCCAUACAGGAGACAUGAGCAUGUGAAUGCUCCCUAGAUUUGCAUAACAGGCAAGGUUAGACAUGAAUGAAAGCAUGGCCAAAGGGUUUUCUCUGUGCCUGUUGCUUUGGCUGCUUGCACCUGCGACCAGAUGCCAGAACAGAAGACAGUUUGGAGAAAGACUAAACAACCUCAACACAAAACAGGACAAUGAGUUAGUAUGCACACUAGAGAUUGCAUUCAUUCUGGACAGCUCAGAGAGUGCGAAGAGCCCUCUGUUUAAUCAAGAGAAAGAGUUUGUGCGCUCCUUCAGCAAGCAGGUAAUGCAGAUGAAGGUGCCUGACUGGCAUCUGAAAACCCGUAUGGCGCUCAUCUACUACAGCAGCUCAGUCUAUAUCAACCAGCGCUUCAGAGACUGGCAGGACCAUGACGUCUUCCUGAGUAGAUUGGUGGAUGGCAUCUACAUCGGCCAGGGAACAUAUUCGACAUACGCCAUAUCCAAUGCCACUCAACUCUUUACCAGUGAGACCAAAGUGCAAAGUGUGAGGGUGGCUUUGCUCAUGACCGACGGCGUCGACCAUCCGCGGAAUCCUGACAUCAUGAAGGCGGUCGCCGAGGCUAAACGCCACAACAUCAAGAUCUUCACAAUUGGCUUAUCAGGCUUGGCAAAGGAUAACGUGAAGCAUGCCAAACUGCGUGCCAUAGCGAGCAGCCCAGCGGAGCAGUACUGCCACAGCCUCAUGGACCCCAAGCUGAAGGAACGGCUCCUGCAGCAGCUCGAAAUAAUUGCAAAGAAAGAAUGUCUGUGUUUGUGUGAGAGAGGUCCUCCAGGAGCUCCUGGUAAAAAAGGAGAGCAAGGUUAUAAAGGAGCACAUGGUCAAAAAGGCUCAAGGGGGGAAACAGGAGCAAGUGGUCUUCCAGGAAUCAAUGGUCCAGAGGGAAGACCUGGGUUCAAAGGUGAUAAGGGGAAUCAAGGUAACUGUGGACUACCAGGACAAAAGGGACAUAAGGGUGCUGAAGGACCUCCAGGGCCAGGGGGCCCUAGAGGAUUGCAGGGUCUGAAAGGGUCUACAGGAGACCAGGGACAUGAGGGUCCAGCAGGAUCUAAAGGUGAUCGAGGGCCGGUUGGUGCAUCUGGUCCGCCGGGAGAUACUGGAGUCGGAUUCCCUGGUCCAAAGGGAGACAAAGGAAACCAAGGACGACCAGGUCUUCCUGGUCCGGUCAGCAUAGGUCAGCCAGGUCAACCUGGUCCUCCAGGUUUAUCAGGAGCACAGGGGAACCCAGGAGCUCCAGGCGAAGGACUUCCUGGGCCAAAGGGUGGCCAUGGCUAUAUCGGCCCUACAGGUAGCCGUGGACCCCCAGGUUAUGGAAUUAAAGGUGAAAAGGGCAAUGCGGGACCUCCUGGAUCACCGGGACUAUUAGGAAUGCCUGGCAGGGGCAUUCAAGGAGAGAAAGGGAAUCAGGGACCAGCCGGUCCUUCUGGUCAAAGAGGGAAUCCUGGGAUAGGACUCGCUGGACCAAAGGGAGAACAGGGCUUCCCUGGAGAUCUUGGAGCCCCUGGAGAAAGAGGUAUUGGAGAACCAGGACCUAAAGGUGAAUCUGGAUUGCGAGGUUUACCAGGUGGGCCAGGUGUACCGGGAGAAGAUGGAGCCAUUGGAUCAAAGGGUGAUAUAGGCUUACCGGGACCCAAGGGACAAGACGGACCUCCAGGAAGAGGCCUGCCAGGAGAGAAAGGGGAUCAAGGGGAGAGGGGCUUCAGUGGCCAACCAGGACCACUGGGACCAGCUGGGCCAGUAGGAGCAAAGGGAGAACCAGGGAAAGUUGGAAUUCCAGGUGUUCCUGGGCCUCAAGGAAGGAGCAUACCGGGGCCCAAGGGGGAUCCAGGGCCGUUUGGUCCAACAGGUCCUGCUGGAGAACCAGGGAUAGGCAUUGCAGGGCCAAAGGGUGAAAUAGGGUUACGAGGCCCCAUUGGAAUGCCAGGGUCGAAGGGAGAAGGCUAUCCCGGCCAACCUGGGCCACCAGGUCUGCCAGGUCUUACAGGAGAGACUGGGCCAAAGGGAACAGGUUUACCUGGACCAAAGGGGGAUCGAGGCCCUCCAGGUCCACCGGGGUCUGCUGGAGCACCAGGUCUUGGGCAAGUGGGCCCAAAGGGCUGCAUUGGUCAGACUGGUCCAGCUGGUCCUCCAGGAUUACCAGGAGAGGGCAUACAAGGACCAAAGGGUGAUCCUGGAUAUCAGGGUAAACAGGGGCCAAGAGGGUUUCCCGGAGAGGGUCUGCCGGGGCAGAAGGGCAAUCGUGGGUUACCAGGAGCACAAGGGCGUAAAGGAGACAGAGGAAGCCAGGGAGAACUAGGGCCUACAGGACCAACGGGAAAUACAGGAACAAAAGGAGAACCUGGUCUCACGAAAGAGGAAAUAAUCAUUUUAAUCCGAUCAAUUUGUGGUUGUGGUCGGAUCUGCAGAGUACAGCCUCUGGAGCUGGUGUUUGUGAUUGACAGCUCUGAGAGCGUCGGCCCUGAAAACUUUGAGGUCAUCAAAGACUUUGUGAAUACCUUGAUCGACCGCGUGUCAGUCAGUCCGGAGGUCACACGUGUCGGCGUGAUUCUCUACAGCCACAUUAACCUGGUGGUUACAAGCAUACAAGAGAGGUUAAGUCGGGAUGAAGUGAAAGCAGCCGUGCGCAGGAUGCCCUACAUUGGGGAGGGCACUUACACAGGAAGUGGCAUCAGAAAGGCCAAUGAGAUCUUCCACUUUGCUCGGCCCGGUGUGAAGAAAGUAGCUGUGGUUAUUACGGAUGGCCAGACAGAUCAUCGGGACACGGUGAAGCUGGAGGAUGCAGUCAGAGAGGCCCAUUCAGCCAAUAUCACCAUGUUGGCUAUAGGGGUGGUGAAUCAAAGCGACCCCAUCUAUGAUGAUUUUAAGCAGGAGCUGAAGUCAAUAGCGUCGCCGCCCACUGAAGAGCACGUGUUUUCCAUAAUGGACUUCGGAAUGCUUCCUGAAGUGGAAAGUAAAUUGCUUCAUGAGAUCUGUGAGAACACUGAUGGAUCGAUAUUCAGCACUACCUUCAGCUCCGAGUUUGAGCUGAACCUCCUCCCAGAUUUCUCUCUCAUGUCUUUGGAAUGGCUGAAACAGGAUGAACACAGGACUGACCCCCCGCUGUUCUUCCAGGAAGAUUCCAUUGCAGAGGAAGGAUGUCUACAGACUCUGGAUCCCGGUCCGUGUCAAGAGUAUGUUGUUAAAUGGUAUUUCGAUCCAAAGGCCAAUUCAUGUGCUCAGUUCUGGUUUGGAGGUUGCCAAGGCAACAAAAACCAGUUUGAUAGUCAAGAGGCCUGCAGAAAAUCCUGUGUGAAAAUGUAAAUCUUAUCAUUAGAGCACUGACCCUGACACAAAAGCAUGGGAUGCUAAAAAAAAGAAAUAAAGCUAAAGGGCUCUUUAUUAUUUAAAUAUAUAUUAGCUUAUAAUAUUCAACAUUUUAAAUGACAAUAAAGAUUUUUACUGUAAACAUUUUAAAAAACGAAUCUCCUAAAGGUAUUUAUUAUAUAGCAUAUAUAGUGGCCACAAAAAGUAUUUACGUAAGUUUAAGUCAUACUUAAAAAUGUCUGGAUUUCAUUGCAUUAUAUUGAAAAUAUCAAACAGUGGCUUUUAUUUGAAAGAAAUGUUUAGAUAAUUCUUAAUAAGGAAUAAUUCUGACUCAGAGAAAUGCAGUGACAUUCAGACAUUUCUUGAUGUGGCAAAUGAACAAAUAUUCUGUAACUUCAAAUGUUCUCAUGCAAACUAGUUUUUGGUCACAUUAAACAUCUGUGUGGUUUUGUGUGUGUGUGUUUGUGUGUGUUUCUUGUAUUUGUACUGUGGUUUUAACUAUGUUUAAGCUCACUGGUGCUGUUUUGUUCAUGAUUAGUGUAGAAUCUGUACUUGUAUCUGAAUAGCCGCAGGUGAUGUGUAAAAUACUCCAGCAUGUACAUGUCUACAGGUCGCAUGUAAUGAAACGUGAUCACAAAAUCUGCACAGCAGUCGGGGCCCUAUAUUCAUAUAUAUGAAUAUAUAACUCUUAUAUAUGAGUUAUUUUAUUUUUUAAAUUAGAGCAUGAAAAUACUGCUCUAUUAUGCUGCUGAGA